AUUCAUCGCGCAGCACAGGCCGGUCAUGCCAACAUCGUCGAAGUGCUGUUACAAGCUGGAGUCGUUGUCAACGCGGAGGUCGGAACAGAAGAACGGACACCACUCUCCUGGGCGUCAGGGAAUGGACACGCGGAUGUAGUGGACCAACUGUUGGAGAAGGGGGCCGAUGUCAACGCAAAACCAACAGGGAUCCACGGAAGAACAGCCCUACAAGCAGCAUCGGACGGAGGCCACCUUGCGGUAGUGGACCGACUCUUGGAGAAGGGGGCCGAUGUCAACGCAGAACCAGCACAUUAUGACGGAAGAACAGCCCUACAAGCAGCAUCGGGAGGAGGCCACCUUGCGGCAGUGGACCGACUCUUGGAGAAGGGGGCCGAUGUCAACGCAGAACCAGCACAUUAUGACGGAAGAACAGCCCUACAAGCAGCAUCGGACGGAGGCCACCUUGCGGUAGUGGACCGACUCUUGGAGAAGGGGGCCGAUGUCAACGCAGAACCAGCACAUUAUGACGGAAGAACAGCCCUACAAGCAGCAUCGGACGGAGGCCACCUUGCGGUAGUGGACCGACUCUUGGAGAAGGGGGCCGAUGUCAACGCAGAACCAGCACAUUAUGACGGAAGAACAGCCCUACAAGCAGCAUCGGACGGAGGCCACCUUGCGGUAGUGGACCGACUCUUGGAGAAGGGGGCCGAUGUCAACGCAGAACCAGCAGGGAUCCACGGAAGAACAGCCCUACAAGCAGCAUCGGACGGAGGCCACCUUGCGGUAGUGGACCGACUCUUGGAGAAGGGGGCCGAUGUCAACGCAGAACCAGCACAUUAUGACGGAAGAACAGCCCUACAAGCAGCAUCGGACGGAGGCCACCUUGCGGUAGUGGACCGACUCUUGGAGAAGGGGGCCGAUGUCAACGCAGAACCAGCACAUUAUGACGGAAGAACAGCCCUACAAGCAGCAUCGGACGGAGGCUAUCUUGCAGUGAUGGAGCGGUUGCGAAGGGCCGGCGCG